AUGUAUGCGAUGGCCAAAUAUGUGCAGAAGGCUAUUGGCAAGUAUCCCCACCUUCCUUUAGCGAUGGAGCUCGAUAGUGUGGAUGACGGCCCUGGUUUCUUUGUGUCUGGUGGCAUUAUCAUUGACCUUGAAGGGAAAGUGACUAUUGCUGGAUCACAAGAUGAUGAUGACACUUGCCAUCUAUACGGGGGCCAGGAAAUUCCAGAAGAGGACGUUGUCCCAUUCAACUCAAGUGCAUGGUUCUGGGAUAGAUCCGUCUACCCCGAGGAUUACCAACGCCAGUUGCGAGGCUGGAUAGCUGAUGCCCAUCCGUAUCAAAAUCGGGUACGCAUUGUUCUAAUGCAAACUGCAAUGGGACCGCUGUGGAUGGCCUUCCAAGAUACGCCUGAUGACCCGAUUACAGACUUUUGUUCUGCAAAGAUACUUUCCCGCAUACUAGCUGAGGGGGAUGAAAACGACUUGAGGUUUCCCACAGAGCUUCCAGCCUUUGACGCACACGAGGCCAAAGGGUGUGUUUACUCUGGUACUUCUGACCUCGUGGGUGGGAUGACAUGUGAGGACGGUGCUUCGAACAUUCGUUGUUGGGAGGACCCUGGGUGGCGCGAGAUGUCUGAAUGUGUGGGAGGAAGGUAUAUGCUGGGUAUUAAGUGUGACUGGAAGUGA